AACCAACCAAUCUAAAACUAGAAACAAAAACAUAUAUAUGUAUAUAUUAAAUUGUCAAUUUGCAACAUUACAUUACACUAUAUAAAAGAUCUCCUCUUACCACACACUCUCUCUCUCCUCUCUCUCCAUCUCACUCUCCCACCAAACUCUAUGGAAACUCAGUCUCCUUCACCGCCAUCACCACCGUCGCCGCCGUCACCACCGUCGGCGACGUCGGCGCCGCCGCAGAGCUACGAACUGAAAACCUCAUCCAUCUCCUACGCGAAACCCCGAGCCGACCUCUCCCACAUUUUGCCAUUCCUCGUCCCUUUCAAGCAAUGCGCGGCAGAGCCACCCACUUACAUCCUCCGCAACAUCUAUCUCACCGCAUUUUCCGGCGAGAUCCUCGCCGUGGUCGGCCCAAGCGGCGCCGGAAAAUCAACCCUACUCGAUAUCCUCGCCGCGAGAACCUCUCCCACAGCCGGAUCCAUCCUCCUUAACUCUCUUCCCAUAAACCCUUCUUCUUACCGCAAGAUCUCUUCUUACGUUCCUCAGUACGACGCCUUCUUCCCUCUCCUCACCGUUUCCGAGACGUUUUUCUUCGCCGCACGUCUCUUGAUCACCGACCAAACCCAAGUGUCCGAUGUUGUCCGUUCUCUGCUUAAAGAGCUUAACCUUACGCACUUGGCAGAUACUAGACUUGGUCAAGGUCUGUCUGGUGGUGAACGUAGAAGGGUUUCUAUUGGUUUGAGCCUUCUUCACGAUCCGUGUUUUCUUCUUCUGGAUGAACCCACUUCGGGUUUGGAUAGCAAAUCGGCUUUUGACGUUGUUCAGAUUCUUAAGACGAUAGCUACGUCCAGACAGCGCACUGUGAUCUUGUCCAUUCACCAACCCAGCUUCAAGAUACUGUCUGUUAUUGAUCGGCUGUUACUUCUGUCCAAAGGAACUGUCAUGUACCAUGGAAGGAUUGAUUCUCUUGAAGGUUUCUUGCUCUCCAAGGGAUUUACAGUUCCUCCACAGCUGAAUUCACUCGAAUACGCCAUGGAAAUACUCAGUGACCUCCACGAGGCCAGCAAAAAUGGCGGUAUUUCUCUCCCUAGUUCGUCGCCAUCAGCAAAUGCGACGGACUGUUCGGCUGACCAGUUACCAGAAAAUGAGAACCAGAGAGCAAAACAGUGUACUGUUCGGCGUAGACCCUCGAGAAUCACAGAGAUAAACCUUCUUUCGAGAAGGUUCUGGAAGAUCAUAUACCGUACGAGGCAACUGCUUCUGACCAACACGUUAGAAGCACUUAUAGUUGGUCUUGUCUUAGGCACCAUAUACAUCAAUAUCGGAAGUGGGUUUCAAGGGAUCAACAAAAGGUUCGGUCUUUUCGCAUUCACGCUCACUUUUCUCCUCUCCUCGACCACGGAAACUCUCCCCAUCUUCAUCAACGAACGGCCCAUUCUUCUACGAGAAACCUCGAGCGGAGUUUACAGGCUCUCGUCUUAUCUUCUGGCGAAUACCCUCGUCUUCCUGCCCUACUUACUCGUCAUUUCCGUCAUCUACUCUCUGUCAGUCUAUUUUCUCGUCGGCCUCUGCUUUUCAUGGCAAGCUUUCGGAUACUUUGUGCUGGUCAUCUGGGUAAUCGUUCUAAUGGCGAAUUCCUUCGUGCUGUUCCUGAGCUCUCUGGCGCCAAAUUACAUAGCGGGGACCUCUCUAGUGACAGUUCUCCUGGCGGGUUUCUUCUUGUUCUCGGGGUAUUUCAUAUCGAAAGACAGCCUUCCCAAGUACUGGAUCUUCAUGUACUUCUUCUCCAUGUAUAGGUACGCCUUAGACGCGCUGCUGAUAAACGAGUACUCGUGUCUGGUAUCGAGAUGCCUGGUCUGGAUGGAGGGAGCUGAAGGGAAGAUCUGUCUGGUCACUGGAAGCACCGUGUUGGAGAAGAAAGGCCUUCACGAGAGACAGAGAUGGUUCAAUGUCUACGUCUUGCUCGGCUUCUUCCUCCUCUACCGUCUGCUGUGUUUUCUUGUUCUUCUCAGAAGAGUUUCGGGUUCCAAGAGAUAAAUGAUGAUAGCAUCCCACUUUCUUGUUUAAUUUUGUUUAACAACUAUGCAGAAAUAACAAAUUGUAAAAUAAUUAUUAUCAUUGAUAAUAAGAAAAACUAAAUCAACAACAUAGUUUUGUUU